GCUCUCACUCUCUCCUCUGCUCCGACCCCCCCAACCGAAACCAUCACCAACAACGUCAAAACCAACAACUUCUUUCACACGUGUCCAUCCAUAGCUGCACCUCCAUGAAAACCCUCUCUCCAAGCUCUCUGCACUAGCUCUCUCUACCCAUUUUCAUGAAUCUCCUACUCCCAAAUCUCUCUGUAUAACACCUCUUCUAUCUCUCUCUGUACAGUAAUAUAAGGAAGGGAAAAAAAAAAGGAGGAUAGUGUGUGAAAAUGGGAUCUUUGGUUCCAUUUCUCCAACUCGGACUCUCCAACUCCACCGCCGCCGCAAACGGUGUCCCGAUGAUCGAACCGAAACUGGAGCCGCUUGAUGAAUUCACCCAAGCCGACCUCCAAACCUCGCCGGUUUUUUCAAACCCUAGCCCCACUGGCUCCAGUGACAAAGCGGGUUCGAGUUCCGGUUUCGGUUCUCGCAGCACACAGGAGGCUAAUGCUAGUGACAGCUUGCAAAACUCAAACGAGGCCAAUGUGUAUUCAGAAUUCUAUCGAAUUUCUGAGAUGUUUCGUGCUGCUUUUGCUAAGAGGAUGCAGGGAUACGGGGAUGUGGGUGCUAUGGAGGAUCCUGAUAAUUCGAGAGCUAUCGUGCCGGUAAAUAGCGAUGCUCAAUCCUCAAGUUUGGUAAUUUCGAGGAAGAAGUAUCAGCAGAGGUCUUCUGAGCUGGUCAGAGUUACGGAUCUUAAGCCUGAGGAUCAAAGGUAUUUCCGGGAUGUGGUACGGAGGACCCGAAUGCUUUAUGAUUCUAUCCGCGUUCAGGCGAUCCCGGAGGAUGAGAGAAAACAUCAGUUUGACCAACGAAAAUCUAUAGGAGAAAUGGAGGCCUCGCAGCUGAUAAGGGAGAAGGAUGAUCCCAUUACCAACCAGCAAUUCGAGCGUCACAAGAAACCCAGAGGGGACUUGAAGGCCUCGCAGCUGAUGAGGGAGAAAGGGCUGUGGUUAAAUCGUGAUAAGCGUAUUGUGGGCGACAUACCAGGAGUGCUCAUUGGUGACUUGUUCUUUUUCCGGAUGGAAUUGUGCGUGGUUGGGUUGCAUGGGCAGCCUCAGGCUGGAAUUGACUAUGUUCCCGCUAGCCAGAGCUCAAAUGGGGAGCCAAUUGCUACUAGCAUCAUAGUUUCUGGGGGGUAUGAGGAUGAUGAGGAUGCAGGGGAUGUGCUAAUCUAUACAGGGCAUGGUGGACAGGACAAGUUCUCGAAGCAGUGUACUAACCAGAAACUCGAAGGUGGGAAUUUGGCAUUGGAGAGAAGCAUGCACUAUGGAAUUGAGGUUAGGGUGAUUCGUGGCUUUAAAUAUGCGGGCAGUGCUAGUGGUAAAGUCUAUGUUUAUGAUGGUUUAUAUAGAAUUAUUGAUUUUUGGCUUGCUGUGGGUAAGUCUGGCUUUCUUGUGUUCAAGUAUAAGGUAGCUAGGAUUGAGAAUCAACCUGAAAUGGGAAGUUCUGUUUUGAGGUUUGCACAGUCUCUCAGGACGCAGCCACUGGUGGCAAGGCCAACAGGGUAUAUAAGCCUUGAUAUAUCAAGGAAGAAAGAGAACACACCUGUCUUUUUGUAUAAUGACAUAGAUACUGACCAAGAGCCUGUGUAUUAUGAUUAUCUGCCUAAGUCUAUUUUCCCUCAACAUGUCUAUCAGCAUGUGGUGAGUGGUACAGGCUGUGAAUGCAUUGCUGGAUGUAAUGAUAAUUGCUUUUGCGCGAUGAGGAAUGGGGGAGAGUUUGCAUAUGAUCACAAUGGCAUCUUGUUGAAGGGGAAGCCUGUAGUUUUUGAAUGUGGCCCACAUUGUCAUUGUCCUCCGAGUUGUCGGAAUCGAGUCAGUCAAAAAGGUGCCAGAAAGAGGUUUGAAGUGUUUCGGUCAAGGGAAACUGGUUGGGGCGUUAGAUCAUUGGACUUGAUCCAAGCUGGCUCCUUUAUUUGUGAAUAUGCUGGUGUUGUCCUAACUAGGGAGCAAGCCCAAAUUUUCAAAAUGAAUGGUGAUAGUUUAGUAUAUCCAAGUCGUUUUGUUGAGAGAUGGGCUGAAUGGGGAGAUUUAUCACAAAUAUAUGAUGACUAUGUACGCCCAGCGCAUCCGUCAAUUCCUCCUUUGGAUUUUGCAAUGGAUGUAUCCCGAAUGAGGAAUAUAGCCUGUUACAUGAGCCAUAGUUCAAGUCCCAAUGUUCUUGUGCAGCUUGUACUUUAUGAUCACAAUAAUGUCUGCUUCCCUCGCCUUAUGCUUUUUGCAAUGGAGAAUAUUCCUCCAUUAAGGGAGCUUAGUAUUGACUAUGGGGUUGCUGAUGAAUGGACAGGGAAGCUUGCUAUCUGUAACUAACUUAUUUGGAUGAGGUUGUGCUGUUUUGAAUAUGAUGUGGAGCUGCUGCAUUGUCCCAUUAUGUACGGAGAUGUGAAUGGGCAUAUUGGCUGCAGUUUUGUGACAUUCCGUUAUCCUGCACUGUACAAAAAUUUUCUGUCCCAAUUUACAGUUGAAUAGCGUUAAGACAAACUGUGUCCGACUGACUUUGUAAAGUGCUGCUCCCGUCAAUUUUCUGGCACAACUAUGGAUCUUGACGUUCCAGGUAGCUGUCAAAGUUCCCGGCUGCCAGAAAUGUGAAAGAGAGGUUAGAUAAAUUUGGUUCUAGUAAUCUCGUGUGGAUUCAGAAGGGACGUUUUAACUAACUUAUCUCACUGAUUGAAGUGAUGUAGUUGAUUUAAGAACUCAGUGUACAAUUCAGCUUGUACAUUUGUAGAUAGAAUUGCUUAAGAUGAUGAUGUGUAUAUAUAAAUCCUACUGCCAAUCCAGUGUGAUUAACAGAAUCCAGUUUCAAUGCUUCCCAGUAUUUCAGUUUCUAUAAUGAUUUAGCGAGUUUGGAUGUGGA